AUGAUGUCACUGCAAGCUAUUAUAAGGGCCCUGUCAAAGAGCAAGCCACUUCCUAAAUGAAGGCAGGGCUACAUGUGUGCUGAAGUGAAGCAGAGUCAGAAAGAGAGAGAGAGACUCGCAGGAUGAUACAGUGCUGGAUGCUGUGGAAACUGUUUCAAAAUAUUCAUGUAUUAAAGGACCAAAGGAAUAAUACACACAUUUAAAGACAAGAAAAACAGAUCUCCUUGGGAAAGGAGGUCUGUAUACUUUUGCAAAGGUUCCUUGUUAUUAUUUUCCUAGGAUCAUGGGAAGUACCUUUACACCUGUGCCAUCAAACUAUUCAAAUGGGUCUCAUUAUGAAUACACUGAACCACAGACGGUCAUACUGGGCAUCAUUAUGUCAGUUUUAGUGCUUGCUAUAGUGUUUGGUAACUUGCUUGUGAUCAGUGCAAUUGUAAAGUUCCAGAGACUUCAGACUGUUACAAACUGCUUCAUAACUUCUUUGGCUUGUGCGGACCUGGUGAUGGGACUCAUAGUGGUUCCGUUUGGGGCUUGCUCUGUCUUGCUGAAAGACUGGAAAUUUGGCAAAUUCUGGUGCAGGUUCUGGACUGCUACGGAUGUCCUCUGUGUGACUGCCAGCAUAGAGACUCUAUGUGUGAUUGCCCUGGAUCGAUAUUUAGCUAUCACAUCACCAUUCAGGUACCAGUCCCUAUUAACUAAAUGCAAAGCCGGGAUUGUGGUUCUUGUUGUUUGGGUGGUGGCAAGUUUAAUUUCCUUUUUGCCGAUCCACAUGGAUUGGUGGAAAUCUAAGGAUCAGGUGGCAGAAGAUUGUCUGAAGAAAGAAGACUGCUGUGAGUUUUUCACAAACACUGCCUAUGCCAUCACCUCCUCCAUCAUCUCCUUCUACAUACCUCUGGUGAUCAUGGUCUUCGUCUACUGCAGAGUGUUCCAAGUAGCCAAGAAGCAGCUGAAGAAAAUCGACAAGUGCGAGGGGAGGUUUCUCGGCAAGAUCAACAACGAAGAUGGCAAGAACAGCAAACCGGGUCACAGGAGGAUGUCCAAAUUUUGCCUAAAAGACCACAAAGCAUUAAAAACGUUGGGAAUAAUCAUGGGGACAUUUACAUUGUGCUGGCUGCCCUACUUUGUACUCAAUGUAGUUAAUGCCAGUGUAAAAUUGGACAAUAUUGAACUCGUGUUUAGGAUCCUAAACUGGAUAGGAUAUGCCAACUCUGCGUUCAACCCUUUUAUUUACUGUAGGAGUCCAGAAUUUAGGCACGCUUUCCAAGAGAUCCUGUGUUUGAGAAGAUCACCUUUAAAAAAGAUGGGACAAAUCAAUGGAAAUGUUUACAGUGAACACAGCUGGCAAAAUGACCAGCAAGCAAAAGUUAGUAAAUUUCAUUCUGAGGACUUGAUUACUAAAGAUUGAACAUUGAACUGUAAAGGUACCAAUUUAAACAGCAGCAUUGACACAAAUGGGAAUUGCAACAGUGCUCUUACAACAGCCAUAUAGUGUGUUAACAAUUCAUAACAUGUAGGUGACUUUAAAUGACCGAGCUCAUAAAACCUAAAUGAUCUGGUAAGCAUUGUUUUUUUUAUUAUUUUGCAUAAAUGCAGUGCUUCAUUUUUUUGUUUGUUUUUGUUUUUAGAUUUUUUUUCACAGUGCCAUCUUUAAAAGUCAGCAGUUUAGUGUGUGUUAUGUGUUGUGUGUUCCAUUUUAGGGUCCACUCAAAAAUGCAUGUUCAUUCUGCAAGGUAGGUACUGCAAAUUUGCAUUUCAUCUACCUCAUAGUUAGACUAAACCAGUGGAAUAACUUUAUCAUUUAAGCAUGAUACAUGUCUUGAAAAUUGAUUGAUUACAGACCAUUUUUUUCCCCCUCAGCAUUGAAUAAUAAUGCAGACCUAGGUUUCAGUACCAGUAGCAGACUGCCUUAAAUAGGUAAUCAGCAUUUCUGAUUGCUUCUUGGGAAACUGAAAAGUACACUGUAUAUACUUAUAUAAACAAAUAUAUUUAUAAAAAUGCUUUCAAAAUAUAAAUAUAAUUUGGUCUUUAAAUCAAGAGUUUUGUCAGCAUUUUGUACGGCAUUAGUCACUUCCAUAUUUUUAUAUCUUUAGAAAAAACUGUUUAUUACAUUCCAGUUAUUCUUUAUGAAAAUCUUAAGCAAGAAAGGGACUUUCGGUGAACUACACUGCUGCUGCCAAAGGGUAACCUUAAGCGGAGAUUUAAAAUAACAGGUGCAGAUUGUAACUCUCCCUGGGGCGAAGUUGCAUUUCAGAACACUUGUGAUUUACAUUGCCUUUUGAUUUGCUAAUAAACUUUUAAGGUUAAGGUUAUUUUUUUGGACUGUAUGAUGUUAAUUAUGAUGCUAACUGCAAACAAAAAAAGAUGGUUUGCAGAUAGACUGCCCUUAAAUACACAAGCAGUCCCAAAUGCAACAUGCAUAUUUAUCCCAACUGACUUAAGGUCUCUUGGAAAUAGGCUGUACAGCGUUUGUUGUAGGUUUAGUUUAUUAUUCUCAAGAUCUCAGAGUUGAAAGUGUUGAAUCUUAGAAAGAACAAAUGCACAUUGCACACCCUUGGGGACAUAGAUGUCUGUCUUAUUUUUGCAUUUAAAUAUAUUGGCAUGUUAAAUGUUAAAACUUUGACUGGGAUUUUUUACCUUAAAACUUAUUUGUCUAUAAGUGAGCCCUCUGCCAAAAUAUAUGCUUCUGUUUUAGUCAAAUAUUAGAUACCAUCUUCCAGAAAAAAAAAGAUUCUCUUUAAAAGAAUGUAGAAGGGUUUUUGCCAACUUUUAGGCAUUAAAAGGGAUGUAAAAUUGCAAAACAGGUUGUUAGCCAAUUGUACCUAUGAAAAGUUUAUUUUAAAAGAAAAACACAGCAGCAUGCAGUGUAAAGUAAAUCGCUUCUGCUUUCACAGAAGCAGACUCCAUUAGUAGUCUUGUGUUUGGUACACAUUGGUGAUUAAUGUUAGUCGAAACCAAACUAGUGUUUGUGCCCCCUUGUGCAUAUUAACAAUGAUCAGCGACUUGUGGAUGUGACUUUCCUUUCAAGCAUAACCAGGGAUCAGUGCCAAAAAUGUGAACUUGUAAAUAAACCACACUUGUUUUUGUGUUCUUUAUUUGAAGAAUUGGCUCAGUUAAUCUGUGCUGCUUGAUCUUUUCACUCUAAAACUCCCCCCCUUUGAAAUAAGUCAGAGGAAGUUCAUAUCACAUUGACUGAAUUCCUAACCAUAGUAGUAAAAGAAAGUGAAACAUCUCUAAUAUUUAUCGUCUCUAAAAUAUGUAAGUGUAUUGCAUUUCCUCUAAGUCUAUCACACUGAAGAUAAAGGAAAACUCACAAAAAUGCAUUAACCAGAAAACCAUUAGCUACAUAUGUUACAAUACUGCUAAGAAAAUAAAUAGCUGUUAUGACUACAGUGGAAUAAAAAUACCUAACUGAAACACUGGCUUUAAUCUUUAAUUAAACAAAUGAACAAUUAUGUUGAAAAUUUCAACAAAUGUAAUAACCUAAUUGAAUCCUUACUCUACAGAUUUUUUUUUUUUUUUUGACUAUCAGUAAAGUUAUGUGUUUUUAAAAUCUCAGUAUUGUAUCAAUCAAUUAAUGGUUUACAUGUUUGGUGCAUUAAUGUAGGAAACUAAAUAUUGCUCUUUACAUUGCAAUGCACGUUUGCUUGAAAUGCUGUGUAGCAUUUGCACAUGGAGGCCUCUACUGGCAGUUUUCAUACACACACAAAAUCUUAGUGUUGUGGUUUGUAGCACUGUAGCAGAAAUUAUUAAUGUGUAAUAAAAUUGAGGUGAGUAAUCUGAUUUAAGUCCUAAAACACAAUACAAUCCCCCAACACCCACCAUUAAAGAGCACAGUUUUUUUUGUUUUAAAUUAUUAUUAUUUAUUGAACUAGACUACAGUACUGUAUGUUUCAACUCAAAAUGCAAUCUUUAAAUUCUAGAAAUACAUGGAGUACUUCAAGUCAGACAUCAUAGGCAAUAUCAUAUAUUAUUUUCUCUGGUAAUAAUGACCACCACCCUGCUGUUUCUCUUUGCGUAAAGGAAUUUCACAGCAGAAAUAAUAAGACAACCGGUAUUAACAAUAAUACCUCUGUUGCCUGCUGAAUGCAAAAAACAUUUCUGAUUGUGUGCUUAGAUUUGUAGGCUAAUGCAGGGUAUAUUUAGUCUCAAGUGAUUGUGUUAAUCUGUGCGGUGGGGGGUUUAAGACACAUGUAUUUUCUAUACAACAUAUACUAUAUGAGGUGUUGGCAAUGUAAGAUAAAGCUAAGGGUUUUCAAGAUCUGAAGACAAAGAUGAUGACAAGGACUCAGCUUGCUCACCUCAAGCAAGAAUGUUCUCAGCUGCUGCCUUGUUAGUUUAAUUGUAAAAUAUGUUUAUUAUAAUUAUAUGAAGCUCUUUUUGCACAAGGAAG